AUGUCUCUCUCGCUGAUUCCUGAUGAUGAUCACCGGACGGCAUCGGGCCAAGUGACCUGUGCCAUUGGGAAGAAGCUUGUGUUCGGAAGAAAUGAGAUCGACAAGGAAGACAAGAAGCUUUCAAAGCUCAUCUCGUUCGUGCCAUGGUUCCCUGUCUUCGGCAUCUUUAACCUCAGCAUUUCUGACCCCUCUCCUUCGCUGCAGUUCGUGGCGAGGCUUGAGGCCAUGGACGCGGAGAGCGCGAGAAUUACAAGGGUGGGAAGGACGGCAAUGCACGUGAUCCCGAAAGGGGAGACAGGAACUCUCACCAUGUGCAAAGAGGGGGAGGAAAACGGAAGAGAAAAGUCCACGGAGGUGAUGUGGCUGGGCGAUCAAGUGGUGAUGGUUGGGAGCAAGAAACAUACCUUCGUCCUCCUCCCUCAAGGCAAGACGUGGUUCCAGUGGGCUGAGCAGCACAGAGAGGAGCAGGAGCACCGGCUGCUGGAACUUAGGGGGAUUGGAGGACAGAGCUUGACAGAAGAAGAGCUGGCAAGGAAGGACGAGUUGAAAAUCAAGAUCGCAAGACGGAAAGAGGAGGAUGAGGCUCGCACGGAGGAGCUUCGAAAGAGGCAAGUGGAAGAAGCAAAAACCAGACCAGACGCGGUCGAGGGGGUAGAAGAUGAGAAAGGAGAACAGAGCACGAGCAAGCGAAAAGGGAUUCUGUCGGCGUCUGAUCAUGCUGGCCUUCCUCCACCACCACCCGCCUCCACCUCCGCCCUCUCAGCUCUUUGGGAGCCUUCUUCUUACCUGGAACCAGCGAUUCUCGGAGAGGAUCUGCCAGAGUUCCAAGACAAACAAGGAGGGUCGAAGUCUCUUUCUCAGCAUGAAGAUUUCUACACCUCUCUGAAGCCCUCCCUCUUGAUCUUGGGCUCGCUGGAGGAGGGCGACAAGGUGUGCGUUGAGGAGCAGAAGAUCCGCCGACAAUCUCCCAGCGUGUCCGGGGGUUUCUCGCGCUUCAUGAAGAAGCAGGUGAGGACUCUUGCAGACCAGCUGGGGAUGAGCUGGAGCAGAGCAGGGAGGUGA